AUGCAGGCCUGGGACACUAUGGUGGUGACCCUGGCCAUGCUGAUGCCUGCCACUGUGGAUGCCAAGAUCUUCCAACGCUGAGACCUGGCAAUGAAGCUGGAGGAGGCAGGCCUCAACGGCUUCAAGGGCUACACCAUUGGAGGCUUGCUGUGCAUGGCACACUAUGAAAGUGGCUUUGACACCUUCGUGGACCACAAUCCUGAUGGCAGCAGUGCAUAUGGCAUUUUCCAGCUGAACUCCACCUGGUGGUGUGACAAUGGUGUUACACCUACCCAGAACCUCUGUCACAUGGAGUGUCAUGAACUGUUCAACCGCCAUAUUCUGGAUGACAUCAUGUGUGCCAAGCAGAUAGUGUCCUCACAAAAUGGUAUGAAUACCUGGGAUUCUUGGAGCCAGCACUGUUCUGGCCAUGAUUUAUCUGAAUGGCUCAAGGGGUGUCAUAUGUAUGCAAAACCUUACACAACAGAAAUUAAUUCAUGA